UAAGGGCCCGACGGAGCUGGCCGUGCCUCGAUCCUGUGUGACAACACAAGGUCAGCGGUGAGCGCAGCUGGGUUGCCUAGCGGUCAGGAAAGCUCGCUGGUUCUGGACCCCGCGACCCUGCCCGGCGUGCAAGGAAGGGGACCGAGGGGGGUGCACGUGCUGGCCCAGCGCUGCUGCCGAGCCCGAGGACACGGAGCCCGGGGGGCGGCAGAGAGGCCAAGCCCAGAGUCCUUUCCAAACAAAGGAGGAAAGGCUGGUAAAAGUAAACCGAACCACUGGGGACCUUGCCUGUGGACACUCGGAGAUUACAAUGUGGCUACACGUGGCUCCAGACACCUGAUGGAAGCAAGAGCUCUUCCCAAUAUCGUUGUCAUUCUCACGCCACCUGCAUUCAGGGCUUCCUACAGUUACGGCGCUGCCGGGGGCAGGUGGAUUUCCUUAACCCUAACCAAGCACUGCUUGAUGGAGGCGGCUGCUCCGAGUGCCCGCGGCAUGGACUCAGCAGCACUCAUCUUUCCUGGGCGGCGCGUCUCCACUCGGGAGGAUGCUCCGGCACGUCCCUGCUGCCCUCAGUGAGGACGCCGGCCCAGCCCGCCCGACACCAGGGCGGGUUUUCCCCGCGCGCGCGAGGCGGGACUGGAGCGCGGGAGAGGCCGGGGCACCGCGCAGCGGGGACUGGAUUCACGCCUCAGCCGCGCAGCCCGGCCCCGCCCCUCCCCGGACAAGACCCGCCCCUCCGGCGUCCCGCCUGGGCGUCGCCCUUCCCCGGAAAGCCCCGCCCACCACCAGGCCCCACCCACCGGAAUCGAAAGCAAAGGCGCGCUCGGCGUCUCGGCGCUCGCCUGCUCGGGUCUGGCGACGGCGGCGGAGAGCGGGUUCGGCGCGUGCGGCCAGCCCGGCGGGCGGGAUGGAGGGGCCGCGGGCCGCCGCCGCGAGCGGGGACGUCUCCCUGCACAACUUCAGCGCCAGGCUGUGGGAGCAGCUCGUCCACUUCCACGUCAUGCGGCUGACGGACUCGCUGUUCCUGUGGGUGGGGGUCACGCCGCACCUGCGCAACCUCGCCGUGGCCAUGUGCACCCGCUACGACCCCAUCCCCGUGUCCACCGCCCUCUUUGGAGACACGUCCGACACGACGUCCACCGGCCUUGCCCAGCGCUUAGCCAGGAAGACCAGCAAGCAGGUGUUUGUGAGCUAUAACCUGCAGAACACAGACAGCAGCUUCGCGUUCCUGGUGGAGAACAGGAUCAAGGAGGAGAUGGAGGCCUUUCCAGAGAAGUUCUAGCUGCGGGGCGGCAGCGGGGGCCUGGCUCGAGCAGAGGCUUAAAUAAAUGGACUGGAGCUCUCA